AUAAAAUUGAAUUUACGAAUUAAUAAAUAUUUAAAAACCUAAAUACACUUUAAGAAAAAUAAAAACUGCAUUUUUGGAUACACAAAACAAAUCUCUGCAAUGGAGGAUCUCAGAAACAUAUGGAAGCCAGAGCUAUAUCAUAUACAAAUGGAAGCACCUUUGCCGAAACGAAUAAGCUGUGACAACUGCACAGACAGACCUGAAUUUUAUGGGAAAGAAUACCACGGCAUUUUGGGGCACAAAGAAGCGACGGUAUUGUUAGAGAAUGAACCAAAUGGAGCUUUUCUUAUCAGAAAAGGAAACGAAUAUAACGAUUUUUAUACCUUAACGUGGAGGUUCAAUGACAGGAUACACCAUUAUAAACUGUAUUAUGAUGGUACUCACUAUAUGAAGGACAAACGUUAUGACACAAUUUAUGACUUGGUUGCUGACGGUCUUAUCACUUGCCAUAUGGAGCUGAAGGCUCAACCAAUCCUUGACAUGAUCAAUGCAAAGGCUAAUUACACAGAAAGUCCCUAUGUUACUUUAAACAGGAGGAAAUUAAACACUCUAUCUAGAAUACAACAGACUUCAAACAAAUCAUCUCCUCUCUUCAAUGACAAAAUUGAAGUGAAACCGCCAGUAGAUAAUACAACAAAGAAACCAACAUUUGACCUGACACCUACCUGGGAAGAAAACCCUUUGCUCAUGAAAUAUUCCAAGUCACACAGUUUCAAAGUUCACACAUUCAAGGGGCUGAACUGGUGUGAACUAUGUGCAAAUUUCUUAUGGGGUUUCACAGCUCAAGGUGUGAAGUGUGAAGAUUGUGGCUUCAUAGCACAUUCAAAGUGCUCCGAAAGAGUUCCGAAUCACUGUACGCCAGACCUGAAGAAAAUACGUGGCGUAUUCGGUAUAGAUCUGACAACUUUACUCAAUGCCCAUUCAAGCACAUUGCCAUUUGUGGUCAGGAAGUGUGUUAAUGAGAUUGAGGCGAGAGGCAUGGACUCGGAAGGCAUCUAUAGGGUUUCAGGAUUUGCAGAUGAGAUAGAAGCAUUGAAGAUGGCAUUUGAUAAAGAUGGGGAAGCAGCUGAUCUUAGUCAGUACAGCAACAUUAAUGUAGUGGCUGGCACACUCAAACUGUAUUUGCGUUUACUGCCUGUACCCCUUGUCACUUACGAAGUACACCCGAAGCUAGUUCAAGCCAUACAAAUCAAGACUGUAUCCUCUCAAGUGAGCAUGUUGCGCGAAUGUCUCGAUUCGUUGCCGCCGGCGCAUUUCAACUGCUUGCAGUACAUGGUUCAACAUCUGCAUAGGGUGUCCCAGUUAGCUGAAGUGAAUAAAAUGAGUGCACACAAUCUCAGUACUGUGUUCGCUCCAACUCUAGUGGCCACGCCGCCCGCCAUCACAGACCUCGCCUUCGAGAUCCGAGCUCUGCAAGCUUUAAUAGAAUACUGUCCUCAGAUAUAUUACGGCAAUAAUUAAUCAGGAUAUUGUGAUCUAAAGGGCCUAUUACAAAAAAUAAAUAAUCUAAAAUCAGCGGUUCAAAACCUUGCUUUCGAGAUCAGAGUUUCGUAA